AUGUUUAACUUGCACAAUGAAGACGUUUCUAAGUUGCGAUUUGGUAAUUUGGAAGUUGCAUACAAAUUUUACUGUUGGUUUGCAAAGAUGAACGGUUUUGCUGUUCGCAAAGGGCAAGAUGUUAGAAAUAAAGAUGGAGUUCUUGUUCAAAAAACAUUCGUUUGUAACCUAGAAGGCUACAGGAAAGACCGUCGCGAUUUAACUGAAGUGACGCGCAAGCGUGGUCCGAAACACGAAACCAGGUGUGGUUGCAGUGCAAGACUUCGAGUGCAUAUUGAUAUAAUUUCGGGUCUCUGGUACAUUACUAUUUUCAGUUUUGAGCACAAUCAUUAUAUGUUGACGGAGAAGCACUGUGGGCUAUUGGCAGCACAUAGGAAACUUACAAAAUCAGAUCAGAUUCAAAUUAAGAACUAUGGUCAAGCUGGGAUAAAGGUUGCUCAAAUGAUCGGUGCGUUUGCCAAUGCUGCGGGAGGGUAUGAUAAGGUAGGGUUUUUGAAGAAGGAUUUGCACAAUCAAAUUCAAAGACAAAGAAAAGAAACGUCUUCUGAUGCUAAAGGUGCUGUUAAGUACCUUCUAGGUCUUAGGACUAAAGAUCCAUUGAUGUGCCCGUUUGUUGUAUUUUCCGGUGUCAACCACCAUAAUCAGACAAUUAUCUUUGCCACUGCUGCAGUUUCUAAUGAGGUUGAAGGCACAUAUGUGUGGUUGUUGGAGCAAUUUUUGCUUGCGAUGAAAGGCAAGGCCCCUGUUUCUGUAAUAACAGACGGUGAUGUAGCUAUGAGGAAUGCAAUAAGGAGAGUAUGUCCUAAUAGUUAUCAUAGGUUAUGUGCUUGGCAUCUUCUUCGAAAUGCCAUGUCUAACAUUGGUAACCUAGAGUUCAUUCCAUACUUGAAAAAAUGCAUGCUUGGCGAUAACGAUGUUUGGAAAUUUGAGAAACUGUGGAAUGAAAUGAUAGAUAAGUUUGGGCUUCAAGACAACAGUUGGAUCAAAGAAUUGUACCAGAAAAAGAAGAUGUGGUCAACAGCCCAUAUUAGGGGGCAUUUUUUUGCAGGAAUACGAACGACGUCGCGGUGUGAAGCAUUUCACAGUCACAUGGGUCAGUUUGUCCACUCAAAGAUGAAUAUGACUGAUUUUGUGAAGCAGUUUAAUAGAUGUGUAUGUUAUUUUCGCUUCAGGGAGGUGGAGGCGGAUUUUCAUUCACAAUAUGGAAAUGCUGUCUUGCAGACCCCUCUAAGGUCACUCGAGAGGUCUGCAUCAAAACAAUUCACACAUGAGAUUUUCUGCUUGGUACGUUCUGUACUAAAAAAGGUUUCCCUGAUAUCAUUAUGUGACACUCAAGAGAUGGCAUCCUUUUCAAUUUAUUCUGUGACGAAGUAUCAAGACGAAGGACAUGUUUGCCGUGUAUCUCACAGUCCAUCAAACAAUGAAUUUAAAUGUUCUUGUCUUAGAAUGGAAUCAAUUGGAAUUCCUUGUGAACACAUCGUGGCAAUUAUGGUAUAUCUUGAUACUGUUGAAUUCCCGACUAAUCUUGUGUUGAAUCGAUGGUCUAAAUUUGCAAAGGACUCAAUUCGUGGUAAUGUUAACGAUGGUUCACAUUACUGGGAUUCACAUUUGGUUGCGAGACAUGCCAAUUUGGUGCAUCUUAGCAAGGAAGUUUCCGAUUUGGCUUACAAGGAUGUUGAUGAUUAUAAAAACUAUUUGGAUUAUCUAACCAAUGAAAUCACGAGGCUUAAAUCGAAGUACGUUGGUGAUAACGGUCCUGUGAAUUUAAAUGGUCCGGUCGAAGUUGAUAACAUAUUGAACCCUUCCUGUGCAAGAAGCAAAGGCGGUGGACCCAGUUCCAACAACACUACAGCUGGGAGAAGCAGGCGUCCAGGAACAUGUGGCGGAUGCUCCCAAGUUGGACACAACAUAAGAUCUUGUCCUAACCUGGCUGAAGAUGGAGAAUUUCCUGCAGCCAGUUCUGUUCAAUCAAUGUCUGUACGGUUAAGCGGUAACAAUUACGAAGGCUACGUCAACACCAGAUAG